AUGUCCUGUCUAACGAGCGUUCUGCAGCUGCUGCAAGUGCUGACAACGCUUUCGGGUUGCAACAUCUACAGAUAUGUCGAAGGCAGGCGGGUGUUCAUGGUGAACCAAAAGAUUGAUUUUCUGGUGACGGCGAUGCACAGAUUUUGGCUGCGACCCUGGCUGCUGUUGAUAUUUCUGAUGCACAUAAUCUACUGGGGCGUUGAGUUCCUCCACGGACUAACGGACCCCACUCCCGGCAGCGAAAGACCCCUGCAUCUUAUCUACAGAAUGGGGCUGACCGUCGCCACGAAUCAGAAUAUUUUCAUCAGCAUGGGGUUGGCCUAUCAUUACAGGUAUCAUCGGAAUCUGAUGCCUAAGGUGCUUAACGGACUCGUGGGCAUAUAUCAUAGCUACGAAAGAAUCUGUGGUCGGGCUCCGCGUAUAAACUGGUGGCUUUUUGGCAUCGAAGCUUACAGAUCUGUGGUCGCUUCGUUGGCGGCUCUCAACGCGACUUCCUCUGUGCUGGUUCCUGGCUUGGGACCAAAUCUAGACAUGUUUUUAACAGCAUCUGGAGUACUAUUCGUAUGCAUUCAGCCUCUUUUUCUAUCCCUUGCUGCCUACUUGGGCAUCUUGAUCAUACAUGCCUGCUAUGACAUUCAGAAGCGUUCACAGCGAAGAAAAGCAUUCCAACUUUACGAUUUUUACAGAAAACUCAUUAAGCUUAGGCUCAACUUUGACCUGUUGGCCAGGUCCUUUGUGUGGACGGCCCUGUUGGAGAGUUUAUUGCUCUUCAUAUCGAGCUUUCAUCUGAUCCUAUAUGAUGAGCAAUCAGUCCACCACCUUGUAAAGUCUCUGCUAACCAUCUUCAUAUUUCCAACAGCCCUUCUCCAUAUUAAUGUGGGCAUCAGCUCCACCGAACAAAAAUUUGGAAAAUUUGAAGCCAACUUCAGGCCGCAAAGGCGGACACAAUUGCUUUGGCAUUUCAGACACAUUAUGAAAGCAACAGUUGAUAAAGGUGACUUUAACGUUUUUCAACUGGAUCGGGGACUUAUUUUGGAAAUUGUAAGACUUGGAUGGGUUUUCUCCAUGUUUACUAAUAGUUUGAUGCUCAAUAGCACCGCCAGGAUUAAACACUUUGAGGCUGUUAAUUAUAAAAAAUUAUUGUAG